UAAGUUCUUAAAAAGCAUAUUUAAGGGAAAAAAAAAAAUCCUAAUUCCAUAACCAUGAGAGCUUCUUUGUCGAGCCCCGCUUGUAGCGUCCUACCUGAGUGAACUCAACACUGAUCAUGCAGGAAAUCGGAGAAAAUUUUCAGUGAAUUCCGGGUUCCCAUUUUUCAAAUUUGCAAAGGUCUCCGGCUUCAGAAUCCAGGCUAUCUCCUCCCCUGUUUCACCAUGUGUGAAUGUGUUUCCUCUAUCCCUCUGGCUUUCUCUGUUACCCAGGUUCGUUACUUAGGCUUAACAACUCUGAGAAGACGGUAUCUUUCAAGUACCCAUGGGCCAAGUGCUAGAAAUGGCUGGUUAAAAUCAGUGACCGCAAGAAGCAGUAGGAAUACCCGUGUACUGGGUUCGGAGGGAAGCGAAUUUUACGGCGAAUUAGGGUUUAAGGAGAAAGGAGAAGAGGUUAUGGAGUUUGAACCCAGAAUGGGAAAUGAUAAGGGAAGUGACUCGCCUGGUUUGGAUGUUCUUGAAUUGAAAGAUGAGAAGAGGAGUGGAAAGAAUGAGGAGAAAGCAGAAGAGGAAGAUUUGAUUCGAGUUAAAGAUGACAAGGAAAUUGAGGAGUCUGGGCAGCUGAAUGGGAAGGUGGGAUUGAGGAGAAGGAGACAAGUGAUAAGGAGAUCGAAUAUGUUGGCAAAGCAAGUGAUCAGUAUUCACUCAGCUCUUAGUUUGGGUUUUGUAUCGCAAAUUUGGGUGGAUACUACUUCUUGGGUGGUGUUGGUUGUAGAAGUGAGGCCUAACUUGCUUUCUGGAGAAUCAGAUAGGUUUCUUUUAGAGGAUGUUAGACAGGUUGGUGACGUUAUACUUGUUGAGGAUGAGAAUGUGCUGGAGGUUGAAUUAAAAAUGGUUGGCCUUGAAACAUUGGUAGGAUACAGAGUUGUGACUGCAGGUCGGCGAUACAUCGGGAAGGUGCGGGGAUUCUCUUUUAAUGUUAAUUCAGGGGCCGUGGAAUUGCUUGAGCUUGAUUCAUUUGGGAUUUCCAUCAUUCCAUCUAGUUUGGUGAGUACCUAUGCUUUACCAAUUGAGGAUGUCCUUGAAGUUUUAUCAGACACGGUUAUUGUGCAUGAAGCGGCAGCCUCACGGAUACAAAAGUUAACAAAGGGUUUCUGGGAUGCACAGAACGUGAGUGUUUCCAUUGAUGAAAUUGAAGAAUACUCUGAUAGUGAAAUUUCUCUUGGUUCUGAUCAUGGUCGCAGCACACGGAGAAGUUCUCACAGACAGAAAUUCCAUCCAAAAAUAAGAAAAUCUGAGGAUGAUUGGGAGCUUCCAAUGGAUUACUUAUGAUAUUCAGGAUUCUGACAGUAAUCUCUUCUGCCUCUUCUUGUACAUCCUCUAUUGCCAGUUUUUCUAUUUUUGCAUGUAAAUAUAUCUAGUUUCCUAGUUCCCUCGAUCAUAAUACCCAUGCACAACACCCCUCUUUUUCAUGUCUCCUCCUCUCUUAAUUUGUUUCUCACACAAAAAUUAAGAAUGUGUGAAGCUUUUUGUGACCCUUCAUAGAGGAAUUAUGUCUUGGAAUUUGGAACUAGUUUGUAUACAUGAAAAAAGAGUGCAAAAUACAAGUUAAGACCAUUGUUACUUGAGACCA